GCAACAUGGCUGCGGCUAGGAGAAAUAGGCGCAUGGCUGCCUUGCAGCCUGGAUUUCUACCUGUUAAACCAGAUCUAGACAACGGCACUUUGAAUAUCGGGAAGAGAAAACGUGUUAACAAAAACAAGAAAAAGAACUGGAAUAGGCACAGCGACAUACAAGAUGUGGAAGAGUUUCUGGAUGACGUGAGACUUCAAGAAAGAGCCGUCGGGGGUUUGAUAGCGGACAAACCGGACGAAAGUCUCUUUUUUGUUGACAUCGGAGAGGAAGAGAACAAAGAUGUGCAGCCAGAUGAAGAAGAGAAGAAAGGAAAACCUUCUCGACCGUUGAGGAUAGACCUGAUUCUGCAGCCGGACUCUAAAGUACCUCCACCUAAAGAUGUCCUAGCUCACCAGCGGCCUAAUGCCAAGAAAGAGCGGCGUAUCGCCCAGAGGGCCGAGAAGCUGGCCGCUAAGGGCGUGGUCCCCCGGCGGCAGAAGCUGCUCCAGCUGCGCAGAGCGGCUGCGGCUGCGGGUACUUUGGUAAAGGAGAAACCCGUCCCCAACACCAAUCCCAACAGGGCCUUCUACGACCUGUGGAGCGCAGGGGGAGAGCAGAGCACAGAGGCAGCGGAUCCCUAUUACCUAGAACAGACGAAGAAGAAACUGGUCAAGAGGCCAGAAAAGCUGAACGAUAAGCCGUCCGUUCUCCCGGCCAUCGAGGUCAUCGCCCCGGGAGGUUCCUAUAACCCUGAUUUCUUCUCGCAUCAGGCUUUGCUCCGUGAAGCUCACGAGGUGGAGGUAAAGAAACUAAAAGCAGAGCAGAAAUUGGAACGACAGCUGGCCGUGAAGAAGGAAGACAAAGCUACUGAGGAGACCAUCUUUAAGGAGCAGGUGGAGGGCCUGAUCGAGGAGGAGGAGGAAGAAGAAGAGGAGGAAGGAGCAGGGCGGGAAGGAGGAGAAAACGCUGAGGAGUCCGCCAUGGGCCCAGCGGCACAGCAGGAGAAGAAAACGGAGAAGCAGAGGAAGAAAGAAAAGGCCGAGAAGAUAAAGGAGAUGCAGAGGCGGGCAGAGCGCCAGGCGAUUUCCAGACGACAGCAGCUCUUCCAGCUGCGCUCCAUUCACGCCGAGCUGAAGAAACGGGAGCAGAGAACCAAACUGAGACAAAGCCAACGCAAAGCUCGCCAGGAGGCCCAGAAAGCCAUGCCCCGCCGCCUGGGACGGCUAAAAUACCAGGACCCUGAUCUGGACGUCCAGUUGAGCGAUGAGUUAGCCGGUUCACUGCGGACGCUUAAGCCAGAGGGCAGCGUACUAAAGGACCGCUUCAAGAGCUUCCAGAAGAGGAACCUGAUCGAGCCAAGAGAGAGAGCCAAGUUCAAGAGGAAAUACAAACUCAAGUAUGUGGAGAAGAGAGCCUUCAAGGAGAUAAAGUGAUCAGUCGUCAAUGUUAAUGGACGUUUGAGAAUACCAACAGGAUGUUGGAGACUACCAACCAAUGUCCAAGGGCUUUUUAAUGGCAUCUGCCCAACUGCUCUAUAAUUCUGUAAAUAAAAUUGAAAUGAUUAAAAAAAAUAUGUACAGCACACACCGUUUUGAAAGCUUUGUCAGUUGGCUUUCUGCUCCUCGGUGUGGUUUGAACAUAAAACCAACAACAGCCAUUCAGGACCAUCACAGACACCAACUGUACAAAAGCUGCCAUUUUUCUUCCAUGAAGAAUUGUGGGAAGUGUAGUCAGAAUUCUAAAAAAAUGGGCGGAAUACACUGCCUUGUACGCAACAGUGGAAAGUACUGAGUCAAAGCCGAUGACGGAAAUUUGUUCACUUAUCUCUCUGAGAGUCCUCUGUAAGAACUGCAGACUGUUUCUCCUGUUUUGUUUUUUUUUCUCUUUUUUUUUUUUUUGGCCCAUGCCAAUCCUUAAUCCACAUCAGUCGACUGCCAAACAGUCAAUCCCAAAGUCCAAAUCAGAAUGGCUGCCAGAAUACGAAAAGCGAUUAAUGUGUAAUAUUUAAAAUGCCGUGCGCGGGGAUUUGGACCCUUUUGUCUGGUAUUUCGGGACCGUGUUUAAAUUGCUUUUGCCAAAUGAAUAAAAGAAUGC